AUGAGAGGUAAAAUCAGACGUCAUUUUCAUUGUCUACAUUGUUUGAUGUGGUUGCCCAUUCAUUGUCUGUUAAUAGCCUUCCUCGUUUUAAUGAGUAUUAAAAUAUCUGGUGGUUUAUAUGAUUUCUCAUGGAUUAAAAUAUUUUCACCAUUUUGGUGUGCAAUGGCAAUUAUUACAUGGUUUAUAUUAGCUAUAAAACAUGAAGAUGAAUUCAACUACUUUAGAAAUAUGAGUAGCACAACAGAGGAGAUAUUCUCCGUGAUGUCUUUUUUAAAAGACAAUAACUUUACCUCAUCAUUAAUAGAACUUCAGAAAGAAACUAAAAUAUACUUUGAUUUGAACUAUGUUGAGGAAUUGAUUAAAAAUAGCAAUUUUACAGACUUGGAGGGUUAUCUCAAAAGUUUUAUCAUGUCUGAAGACGAAUGUACGCAGGUCAUAUACUUUCAUUUUUAUAUUGUAUGGUACAACUAUAAACAAUCGAAAAACCAAAGUCCUGGCGACAUUUGUCAAAAGUUGCUCAUGUCCUCAAUGAACCAAAACCUAGAAAUCUUACCUUCAAAAUUCACACCAAGCCGGUUAAUGGGCUUAAUAAAAACCUAUGUCAUCGAUUAUCUGAGUUUGACGACUAAAAUAACAUUUCCAGAAAUUAAAAUACAAUUUACACCAAUUACACAAUCAUUUCAACCUGUAAAAAGUUCAACACCUUCACCAACACCUUCAUCAUCAACAUCGGUACCAACUCCGACUACAACAUCAUCAUCAUCAUCACAAACCAGUUCAACAUCAUUUGUACCAAUACCUUCUCCAUUCAACCAAACUCCUUCGUCAACAUCUUCUUCUUCUGUACCUUCGCCCUCUUCGCAGGGUCCUUCGGCGGCUGUGCCAGUUAUGCCAAAGAUUGAGCCUUUCAGAAUCCCAAUGCUAGAUCCAAGAAUCUCUAGCAACGAUUCUCGUGUGGCAAAGCUUUCUUCAGCUUUCAAACCCCAGGUAUCUUCCUCAAGUGCGUCGGCGGCGCCCAAUGGUUCGUCUUCAUCUUCUUCAUCCUCUUCUUCUUCUCCUUCUUCGUCCUCUCCUCCGAACCAUCAUUCGACUCAUGUUCCAUCUUCGUCGUCUUCGUCUGCCUCCUUCUCAUCCUCAUCUAAUUCCCCUAAUCAUACUUCUCCGCAUCCCACAGCCUCUACUGUUGCUAGUUCUGCAAAUGUUCCUCCGACCCAAGUUCCAUCCAACUUGUCCUCGUCUUCUUCUAUUUCUCAGCAACAAUCACAUCCAACACAACAAAACCCCCAUCCUCAACAACCAGUCCCUCAUCCGCAACCACAACAACAAAUCCCUCAUCCUCAUCCACAACAAUCUCAUCAAACACAACAACCAAUCCCUCAUCCGCAACCACAACAACCACAUCAAACACAACAACCAAUCCCUCAUCCUCAACCACCACAAUCACAUCAAACACAACAAAUUCCUCAUCCACAACAACAAAUACCACAUCCUCAACCACAACAACCAAUCCCCCAGCCCCAACAAUUUUUUUCACAAAUCCCACCUCAACAACCCCCUCCCCAACAACAAAUCCCUCUUUCCCAGCCUUCUGGUGCCCAGGCUGCCCCAUAUUACUAUUAUCCAAACUAUUUCCAACCAGGAUAUCAGUAUGCGUAUAAUCAUACUCAAGUUACUCAACCCACUGGUUUUUCUUAUCCUCAACAACAACAUCCACCUCAACGCGAGUCACCGCAACCCCAACAACAUCCUCCUCAACAACUUCCUCCCCAACAACCUCCUCCUCAACAACUUCCUCCUCAACAACCAGAACAACCAGCCAAAAUAAUAGGAAGUUCAUCGCUUGUUAGAAAAGUCUCACUUUUCAGCCAACCUCCAAGUUCUGCGACUUCAAACUUUGGUGGUUCUCCCUCGGAAAAUGAGGAGAAUUCUAAUCAGGAAGUAGAUAUGGAGAUUGAUCAAAAAUCCGUCACCGGUAACGAAUAUUCGGCUUAUAACCCCAUAAAGAUGGUGAAGUUGGUUCGAAAAGCAAAUCCUUUUACUGCUUAA